UUCAACAAAAACGCGGAAACAAUAGAGGCAAUCAGUUUGUCAAAACAGAUAACACCGAGUCGGCAGAAAGUGAGCGUAGUUGGUGCUGACAGCUGUCAAAGUUAAUAUCUAUCGUCUGUCAAACGAUCUAAAAGACUAGCCAUGGCUCUGAAGAGAAUACAGAAGGAGUUAAAUGACCUACAGAGGGACCCUCCAGCUUCAUGUUCUGCUGGACCUGUUGGGGAAGACAUGUUUCACUGGCAAGCUACCAUCACAGGACCGAAUGAUAGCCCAUAUCAUGGAGGAGUUUUCUUCCUUUCUGUGCAUUUCCCCACUGACUAUCCCUUUAAACCACCAAAGGUUGCCUUUACUACGAAAAUCUAUCACCCAAACAUAAACAGCAAUGGUAGCAUUUGCCUUGACAUCUUGAGGUCACAGUGGUCACCUGCACUUACAGUAUCAAAAGUUUUAUUAUCCAUAUGCUCACUGCUUUGUGACCCAAAUCCAGAUGAUCCCCUAGUCCCUGACAUCGCGCAUAUUUAUAAAUCAGACAGACAAAAGUACAACAAAAUUGCCAGGGAAUGGACCCAAAGGUAUGCAAUGUGAAGGACUGAUGUUCCAGCUGCAAAGACGCAUCCCUCAACACCUCAGAAUAUGACUGUUUAAUUGCUUUAUCCUCACUGGUUCUAAUUGAGGUGUUUGACAUGCUUGAAGCACUUUCUCUACCCAGACCUUACUUGACUUAACUGCUUUUAGUGUUUAUUUUAUUUUAUUCUCUUAAAUUGGCAUUAUUAUUAUUAUUAUUAUUAUUAUUAUUAUUAUUAUUAUUAUUAUUAGAUAUGAGAUGGAAGUUUGGGGAGGUUCUUUUACAUUUUUGCUGUAUGGAAUGAUACUAAAUUUAUUUUUCAUGAUUUUUUUGCAUUAAAAUAUUAUGCAAAAAGUGAAUUUAUAAUUGUUUCUCAGGAGUACUCGCAACUAAACUGAAAAUGGUUCAGUGAUAACUCUUCAUUUCUACAACCAAGUCUUGGUGUCAUAAACCUGACCACUAGGUGGCAGUCUUUACUUUUUACUUGCCAAACAUUUCUGGUGGAUAAUUUAAUAUUCAUGUUUGUGUUACAUUUAAUUCAGGCCCAUUUGCUAAAUGGUUAAUUGUGUGGAUAGUGGCUAUUAUGGAGUGUUGCUCUGGCUAUGAACUGAAAAUGAGGCCUGUUCUGUCAAUUGAAAUCAGACCACCCAUUACCAUCACCUCUGCUCCUUCCUUUGUGCUGAUGAAGCUCGUGUCUCCAUAUAAGUGGAGCACUUCCUGUUUAAAAUCGAACUCAAGCAUGUUUGCCCAGCUGUUAUUACACUAUUUUAUAACCACUGCUUUCACAAAAUGGCUUCAAUUUGCAAACCACUUAGAAGUUUUAUCAUAAAGUGUGAGCCUCUCUGUCAAUGAUUUAAAUCUUGCUGCAUUUUAAAAUAAAGCAAUUUUUGCCAAUGGAUCAAGAGAGAAAAGCACAGUUUGUGCAUAUGUCAGUAACUAUAAUGAUAUAAAUGGCUUUCUUUGUGCAUUUUUACUUUAUUUACCAUAAACGUAUUCUGCAUGGAUGAUGUAGUCUGGUUUUAGUCUGCAGUAAAUACAACAUUCCUCCAAUGAAAAAUAAUUCAGACUUUGUUUUCUCAUUUUGUAUUGUUCUGGAUGUUAAAGGUUGUUUUUAAGAAAACCUAAUAGUUGCACAGUAAGCUGAUAAAACAUCAAAGCAAUAUUUGAUGUGACUUUUUCAGACUAUUGGAUUUACUAAUAGUCUAAAGAAGACUACUCGUACUGUUGUCUCACACUAACAACGUCCUGUGCUUGAAUCCAGUGAAAUUGGCUGUAGGUGUGAAUGGUUGUCUGUCUCUGUGUUAGAGAGGCUCCAGCCCCCCACCCACCUUCAACCCUCCACAACCCUGAACUGGAUUGUCUUGGUCUUAAUAACUCUUACAGCCUGCCAAGAAACAAGCAUCCUAGUGUUUUUUUUCCUGACCAUUUAAAUAAGCAUGUAGGACAUUCAGGUGGUUGCUUUACCCUUGACAGAAUUUUUUGAAAGUUUAGCUCAAGGGAACAGAUGUCAAAGCUCAUCUGCAUUUUUAGAAAUGCAGUUAAAACUUCUCUCAUAAGACUAAAAUUAAAUUGUCAGGUACUUAAUAAUUACCACUUUUAAUCCCAGAUCUCAGGAAGAAGUUGGAAAACGAAUUAGGCCAAGAACCGUGGUCCUGCGGCUACACGAUUAGUUUGCAGUGUGAUAAAAGCUCCAUCUGCCACAUUAGGGUUGUUAACAUGGAGGUUUGUUAUGUCUGAAUUGGCUGGCAAGCACAGCGUUAAGUGGCACCUUACAUUUAAAUCAAAAUAAAGAUUAGCAAUGCUGUUCCUGUUGUAG